CAGAAAGCAGUAAAGACAAAAAGGUAAGUCACAAAAAGUGAUGAUCAAGAUUCAUUCAAGCAUCAAAUGUGAAAAGGUAUGGCUUUGUGGCAGUGAAAAGUUUGGAAUCUCAUUCCUAUCCCACAUCAUUAAACAACUUUUAUAAACCCUGAAAACCAUAUUUUCUACUCAUCUUUUGGUUAAGGUUAGGAAUCUUUUUUUAACUGUUUAGUCUCUGUAUCAUCCUUCUCUGUCUGCCCAUGGCAUCCCUUCGGAGGAAGCAUUCUGCGUCCAUCGUUCUAGCUGCUAUAACAAUAGCCUUAAUAUUUAUUAGUUCAAAAGCAUUGCAUAGUGUCCCCACUGAAAAUGAUGAUGGGAUCCUUUUCCUUCGUCGUCUGGUUCAUUCUGGUUUUCGGUUUUUCCUUCUCGGAUGCUUUCACAGGUACAUAUGGAGUAAACUACGGUAGGAUAGCCGACAACAUCCCUCCACCGGAGAGCGUAGUCACCCUUCUAAAAGCAGCUAAAAUAAAGAACAUCCGAAUCUAUGACGCUGAUCAUGGAGUUUUGACGGCCUUAAAGGGUUCUGGGAUAGAGAUAAUCAUCGGGCUCCCGAAUGAGUAUUUGACAGAGAUAAGCGCCAGCCAAGACCGCGCCAUGGAAUGGGUGAAACAGAAUGUCGAACCUUUUCUUCCGGGGACACUAAUCCGGGGUAUUGCCGUAGGGAAUGAGGUUCUAGGGGGCACUGAUAUGGCACUUUGGGAGGUUCUCGUGCCGGCAGUGAGAAAUGUCUAUAUUGCCCUCAAUCGACUGCACUUGGCAGAUAAAAUAGAGGUGUCGAGCCCACAUUCGGAGGCUGUUUUCGCCAUUACAUAUCCGCCAUCGGCUGGGGCAUUCAAGGAGAGCCUCAUGCCAUACAUGAGACCACUCCUACAUUUCUUCUCGCGAGUCGGGACGCCUUUCUACAUCAAUGCAUAUCCAUUUCUCGCCUACAAGAGCGAUCCGGAGCACAUCGAUCUGAAUUAUGCCCUCUUUCUCAAGAAUCCCGGGAUAUACGACGCCAAGACUAAGCUGCACUACGACAACAUGUUUGAUGCCAUGGUAGAUGCUGCAUAUGCUGCUCUAGAAAAGGUCGGUUUUGAUAAGAUGGAAGUGAUUGUGUCCGAGACGGGGUGGGCUUCUAAGGGCGAUCCGGAUGAGCCCGGGACAAACCCGAAGAAUGCCAAGACAUACAAUCACAACCUACGGAAGAGGCUGUUGAAGAAGAAAGGCACACCCUACAGGCCAAAGAAGGUAGUCAAGGCUUACGUGUUCGCCCUCUUCAACGAAAAUUUAAAGCCCGGCCCGACUUCUGAGAGGAACUUUGGCUUGUUCAAGGCUGAUGGUAGCAUUUCCUAUGAUAUUGGGUUCACCGGGCUCGUCCCUAGCUCAGCUCCCGCCUUUCUUGGUUCGAUCAAGUUCGACGGCAAAUGCUGGUUCCGGCACCUGAAGAUUCCUGUUCAUGUAAUAUGCUGUGUAGCAGCUGUGGUUGCCCUGAUUUGAGUUGAGGAUUUGUUGUGGAAGAAGGGUGGGGGAGAUCAUUGUUAUGUGUUUCGACAUUCUAUUGAUUUUAUUUGUACCGAGUUUUCUUGAGGCUCUUUUAUGUUGUGUACAAAAUUGGGACAUACAAAUAUGUACAUACAUACUUGGUCUAGCUGAAUACCAUUUACAAGUAGUAGUUCACUAAGAUUGAAUUUCUAGUGCUAUCUAUCAACUAGGGACAUGUGGUUGGGGUCGAUGGAAUAUCAGAAAUAUCAUCUUUUAAGAUUAUGUUUGGUAUAUGAUUUCUAAAUGGGAAGAUAGUCACAUGACAUGAUCUUAAGCAAGCUAGCUCCUCGUGUAUUAUGAAAAAUAACUUGAGUGCAUUUAAUUAUGUUUUGGGAGUGUGUGCUUGCCUUUUGAAUCCAUUUCAUCCAAUUUUAUAUAGAAUGUAUGUACUUGUCAACUUUUAUUUUUUAU